GCCUAACUUCCGGGAAGGCGCUACUUCCGCUUACCCCCAAGAUGAGUACCAUGUUUGCCGACACCGUACUUAUAGUUUUUAUCUCGGUGUGCACCGCGCUGUUAGCCGAGGGCAUAACAUGGGUGCUGGUUUAUAGAACGGAGAAGUAUAAGAGACUGAAAGCAGAGGUGGAGAAGCAGAGUAAAAAAUUGGAAAAAAAGAAGGAAACAAUAACAGAAUCAGCUGGCAGACAGCAGAAAAAGAAAAUAGAGAGGCAAGAGGAGAAACUGAAGAACAACAAUAGAGAUCUGUCAAUGGUUCGCAUGAAGUCCAUGUUUGCAAUUGGUUUUUGUUUCACUGCCCUGAUGGGGAUGUUCAAUUCCAUAUUUGAUGGUAGAGUGGUUGCAAAGCUCCCUUUUGUACCACUUUCCUACAUCCAGGGCUUAUCCCAUCGUAAUCUUUUGGGUGAAGAUUACACAGAUUGUUCUUUCAUCUUCCUCUACAUUCUCUGCACCAUGUCUAUUCGGCAGAAUAUUCAGAAGCUGCUGGGUCUGGCUCCUUCUCGAGCUGCCACCAAGCAGGCCGGAGGAUUCCUUGGCCCACCACCUCAAGCUGGGAAAUUCUCCUAAAAUAAGUGAAGUAGUUUGCAUCUCGCCAUUGGAAACCUGAAAAACAUUCUCACAUUGCAAGAAGUUGUGACUUCAUAAAAGGCUUUCUGAACAUUCCCUGGAUGGCUAAGGGCAACUAUAAUAAAAGAUUCAGCACGUUUGACCAGAUCAUACAUCCUGCUGGAGGGCAUUGGAGAAAUACGUUAGUGGUAAUUUGUGUGCUGCUUUGUUCCAGUGAAAACUUAAUGAAACUGUUUGGUUUGAUGAGAAAAUGACUGAGCCAUACAAGUAGGAGAACCAUAAGCCUAAAUAUUUAAUAGAUUUCACCUGUUCUAUGGGGCAUCCGACAAUUUGCCACUUGUAUAUUUUGAAUCUAUUUGCAAAAACCAUCACUUUUGUCUUUUUAUAGUUGAUUUUCAGCUUUUCUUUUGUGGCCAAUUGAUUGAAAGAUUUUAAUAGUCUCCUUAGGCCUUAUUGGGUCUGAGAUAGUAGAAUAGUGUCAUCAGCAUAAUAAGAACUGUAACUUUUGUAGAUCCCAAUUUGGGAGGCACAUAGUAAUCGUCACUUAAAUCAGUUAUUAACGAAUUAACACAAAUGCUGAACAAUGUUGGUGCUAAUAAACAUCCUUGACAAACA